AUGUUUCGAUAUUCUAUUAUUAACCAUUGUCGAUGGUCAGUUUUAUCAUCAUUAAUUUCUCGUCAUUCCAGUAAAAAUUAUUCACCAACAUUGAAAAAGAAUUUUGAUAAAAAAACUUUCGAUUAUUUUUAUACACGUCGUUUGAAAAUAUUUCAUGAUAAUCAACAACAAAUGUCCAAUCAUAUACGUACACAUCUUGAGUCACUAUUAAAAACUUCAUCGAUUAUUACUAAUCUUAAUGAUUUAAAUACUAGAAAUACAAUGAAAAAUUUUUCACAAACUUUAACAAUAGAACAAUUUAAUGAUCUAUUAUUUUUUGCUUAUGAACAUAAUAUUAAACUUGAUUUUUUAAUCAAACGUUUAAUUGAAUGUUUAAUACCAAUGAAUAAAACGAUAUCUUCAAAUUUAUUUAUUGAAUUUAUUAAUCUACUUGUUCUUCAUCAACAAAAAUAUUAUGAUUAUCAAACAAAAAAUCCAAAUAAAAUCUUAGAAAAUAUUAUUUCAAGCUUUGAAUUUAAUUUAACCGAUGAACAAAUUAAAAAUAUUUCAUUAAUUGAUCUUAGUCUACUUUGCUCGGCUAUGUAUCGUUUACAAAUGCCAUUAAAAAAUCAAAAUUUACUCGAUUAUAUUGGUCAAUAUUUAAUAAAUGAUGAGAAGAAGAAAAUACUUUCAGCUGUUGAUAAACAAAAUUUUAUUAAAAUUUUAACUUUAUCAAAUUAUGGAAAAAUUUCUAUAGCGAAUUCGUUAACCAAUCGUUUUAAUCAAUCAUUUGAACAACAUAGAAAAUUAAAAUUAAAUACGUUUAGUUAUGAAAUUGUUCGAAUGACAAUGCGUAUUGGAAUUUAUUUAUUAACAUUUCGUUUUUAUUCAAAAGAUUUUUUUCAUAAUUGUUUAAAACUAAUUGAAUUCGAAUCAAAUUCAUCAUCAACAUUAUAUCGAGCAAAAGAUAUGAUACAAAUAAUGAAUACAUUGAUUUAUAUGGGUUAUAUUAAAAAAAAUAAUAUCAAAUAUAUGAAUUUAAUUUAUGUACAUGAUAAAAUGAAACAAUUUGAACAAAAACCAGAACGUCUUGUUGAUGUUCUAGCACCAUUGGCAAUGAUUGGAGAAUUUCCUGAAGAUUUAUUAGAAAAACUUUUUGCAAAAGAAAAUUUAAAUCAAUUAUCAGAAUCUCGGAUGAAAGAAAAGUUAUUCUUUAUAUCUCAAUCACAUAAACUACUUUGUUCUCCACAAAGACCAUAUCUUGAUCAGAUGUAUCUUGAUUCAUUACCACGUCAUUUAUAUGGUUCUUGGGAAAUAGAAAAACGUAAACGACCCUAUUUUUCUAUUGUUAUGCAACGAUUAUUAGAAUGUGUACCUAAUCGAUAUUAUGUAAAAAGUGCUUUUAUUUUAAAACAUUUCAAAAGUCCUGAUAUUAUCAUUCAUUUAAAUACUAAUCAACAACCACAGAUCAUACCAAAUGAAACGAAGAAAAGUCUUCAAUCCUUCGAUAAAAAUGAAGAUAAUGGUUCAAUGUAUGCACUCGAAGUACUUUGUGAAGAGGAAUUAUGUGCAAAUGAUCCAUUACGACCACUUGGUUUAUUCUAUGCUAAAGCUCGUCAAUUACAAAAACUGAAUUAUAUACCUGUGAUUAUCUAUCCAAGCGAUUCUUUACAUCAAGUAAAAACGAAGGAAGAAAUAUUUAAAUGGAUUGUGAAACGUGCGCAAGCAACAGAAUUGUUAUUAAAUGAGAACUAG